AUGUCGUCUGUGUCUUGGCAUGAUCAAGGCAUCUAUGUCCCCUCAUCUGACCCUGUUACAGAUGAGCUGCAGGGUUGGGCAGGGUCGUCUGUGCUGAGCGAUCCUACCUCCUCUGCGAUGCAUACAACAGCGUCUACGACCAGUGAGCACAUUCUUCAGAUAGCUCGUACUCGAGCACAACAGGCCCUGGUACAAGCGCCCAUUUCGCUCACCGAUAUGGCAGGUAUGGACGAUGACUCGGAUGAUGAGGUACUGUUGCGUCCUUCAUCGACGAAGAAACCACGUCGUGCAGCAGCGCAACGUCAAACCCCCUAUCGCUUUGCACCGCGACUGCAACGUGAUGCGGACGCCGACAAAACGCUGCCUCCUUCACCCCAAUUCAGCCCACGGCUUUCUGUUCCCUCUUUGCAUCGCGAUCGUAUGCGUCGCGAACGACAUGGCUUGGCCUCGUCUGCGUAUCGCGAAGUGGACGCGAUCGUUGCGCAACUUUCUGCCUCGACAGACGAGGCCAAGACCACUACGGAACAGGAUGUCCAUGCCACUUUGCAUGCGACGCUGGAUCCGUCUAGUGCCAAGAAACUUACACACUUGCUUCGCGAGGACACUCUGUCCGCUACAUCUGCCAACCAUAGGGAUGACACCUCGUCUAUUCUUUGGACACACGACGUCGAUGCAAAUCCCACGCCUCUUCCGUCCUUGUCGUGCAUGUACUUACGUACGACCGAUACCCUUUCCUUGUGGGAUAUGCUACAGUAUGCGCUUAGCGAUGAUACUUCGUUAGCCCACGUCGCCCAAUCUCGAUUGCAACAACAUGGCGCAGCUGUUAUGGCGCUUUUGCCGCGGCUGCUGCUACGUCUCGGGCUAUCGCCAGUCCUCCUUACUGCAGCUACAGGGCAGCAACCUGCUGCCUAUCAUGAUACCCUACGCCAACCGCCUCCUCGUGAACGAUGCCUCGUACGUCUUUGGCGUGUGUGCUCGCAUCUCGUGUAUAUCGAUACGCCCUCUGUCCUCGCUCAUGCAGUGGUUCCUUUACUACUACUUCUCGGCUCUAUGAUGCCCAUCUCUGCGCACCCAUCUACACGCCACUACCUGGUCCAACGUUUGCUGUCGCAAUGUACGAAUUACACUGUGGUACAACAGCGUUUGUGUGAUGUGGGUCUACACCUGCCCAUGGAAGCCAAAGCCGCGUUAGCACGCGCUAUUCCUGUCCUCCGAACUAUGCCUCUCCCGCUGCGUGCGUCGGUAGCCUGGCAUUUGGCGGUAGGCGACUCGUCCAUCUCUCGUCCUCUAGCGGCGCUUGUCCCUGUGCUCACAGCCACACAUACCCAUCUCCAGCGCGAUGGGGCGCCCAUGGAACCCCAUGUCGCUGCCAGCUUUACUGCCUGUGUAGACUUGGUCGCCAUGGCGUGUACAGAUCUCCCUGAGCGACUCGCUCACGCGCCCGAUGACACAUUGACGCAACUCGCGCCCCUCUUGCAAGCCGUACGCAAUACGCAUAGGUGCAUUCGCGAUCACCGAGGGAUGCAUACACAGCAAAGCGCUAUCAAGGAUGCGCUGCAGCGUCUGGCGUUGCGAUUAUGGUACCAAGCCAAACACUACGUGGAGAGUCGCAAUGAUCGCGUAUCGCUACGAACGCUUUUACAUAGCAUGGGUCCCCAUGCCCGGUGGAUCGAGGAAUAG